CGCCAAAAGUGCUUAAACAGGUUUACGCAUCAACCAUGUCUUCCGAACUCGCCGCUACCUACGCCGCUCUUAUCCUCGCCGACGAGGGUAUCGAGAUCACCGGUGACAAGCUCAUCACCCUCACCUCCGCCGCUAAGGUUGAGGUCGAGCCCAUCUGGGCCACCCUCCUCGCCAAGGCUCUUGACGGCAAGGACAUCAAGGACCUCCUCACCAACGUCGGUGGUGGUGGUGCCCCCGCUGCCGGUGGUGCCCCUGCCGCUGGUGGUGCCGAGGCCGCCGGUGACGCCCCCGCCGCUGAGGAGAAGAAGGAGGAGGCUAAGGAGGAGUCUGACGACGACAUGGGCUUCGGUCUCUUCGACUAAGCGUCUCGUCUCGUUUUUCUUUAGAAACCCUACGCCGAGCUCGGUGGUAUUUGCGUAGAUUAUGCAUUACUGCCCCCUCAUUUUUGGAGAGAUACUCGGCAAACGGGGAUGGAGCGUAGAUUGGAGGAUGAGCUCCCAGCAAGAAAACAAGUGGGGCUCUGUUGCCUUUGUCGGCAAGACUGCCUGCAGUACAUCGAAGCGGGUUUGAGGGAGAUCAUCUGGACCACUUGGCAAUGACAUUCAAAUCGGGGGACAACUUCAGAUCUGCUCCAAGUUGAUGCGACAUCUGCUCAUUGCUCGUUGAAACCCACGACAAUGGAAUUCAGGCAAUAGUAUGAUGCAUAUGAUCAAUGC